AUGACAUACCCUGCUAAGGUCGAAGGUAUUGCUAUUACCGAUAAGAAAGAUUGGUUACACCCAAAGAAGGCUUCUUAUGACUUGAAGACCGCUGGCGAUAGAGACGUUGAUAUCAAGGUCAUUGCUUGUGGUGUGUGUGGUUCAGAUGUGCACUGCGCUGCUGGUCGUCAUCUUCCUCUAUUUGAGGACUGUGUUGUUGGUCAUGAAAUCAUCGGUGAGGUUGUUAAAGUCGGUCCAAAGUGUACCGCUGGUGUCAAGGUCGGUGACCGUGUUGGUGUUGGUGCUCAGUCUCUUUCUUGUUUAGAAUGUGAGAGCUGUAUUGCCGGUAACGAGCAAUACUGUAAGAAAAAUACAGUCUACACUAUUGCUUCGAUUUAUCCAGAUGGGUCUAAAGCACAAGGUGGAUUUGGCUCUCAUGUGAGAACCCACGAGUACUUUGUACAUCCUAUUCCAAAGGAAUUGGAUACCGUAAAUGCUGCUCCGUUAUUAUGUGGUGGGAUUACGGCCUUUUCUCCAUUGUUAAGAGGACAAGUUGGUCCAGGUAAGACCGUUGGUAUCGUUGGUAUCGGUGGUAUUGGCCAUAUUGCUAUUCUAUUUGCCAAGGCAAUGGGUGCUAAAGUAAUUGCUAUUUCUCGUAGUGCUUCGAAAAAAGAAGAUUGUUUAAAAUUAGGUGCUGACGAAUAUAUUGCUAGUGCUGAAGGUGAUGAUUGGAAGCAAAAGUUUGCUGGUAGCAUCGAUUUCAUGUUGUUAUGUAACUCUUCGUUCUCUAAAUCUAACUUUGACUCUUUAUUUUCUUUGAUAAAAUUAGGUGGUGAAGUUUGCAGUAUCGGCAUACCUGACAUGAGCUACCGUUUGAGUAUUUCUCCUCUGUCUUUACUAGGUAUCAAGUUUGGUUUUAGUGCCCUAGGUUCAAGAAAUGAGUUCCAAAAGAUGUUUGAGUUAGUUAAAAAGAACAAUAUCAAGUUAUGGGUGGAAACCCUCCCAAUAGGCGAAAAAGGCUUACACGAAGCCUUCGAAAGAGUUGAAAAUGGUGAUGUAAAAUACAGAUGCACUAUGGUUGAUUACGACAAAGAGUUUGGUAAUUGA